UUUAUAUGUAUUAUUAUUGUUACAGAAGGAAGGCUUUAAAAGUUAAAUUUGGAUCCGCGAACAUCUCAUUCCGAGUGAUCUGUUUUUCAUUUUAUUUUAGGUUAAAACUGCAUAAUAUAAAAUCAUGUGCAUCCCAUGUUGUCCUCUCCCACCACCAUGUCUAAAGUUCCCACGUGGCAUUGUCUAAUUGGUAGGGUAUGUGACAAUCAGAUUUUUGGGAGGGGAAGGACAAAGUUGGAAUCGUAUAGUUUUGCCCGAUUUGAGCUGGACCAGCCUUGACAUCUUUCCCCCACUCCAUUUCCUCUCCAGUUCAACAGUCUCUCUCUCCUUUAUAAUUUUGAUUUUUGUUGUGUAAUAAAGUUAUAGAAACAGACCAAACAAUAGUGAUGUAAUAAAAAAUCAGACAAAAUAGUGAUGUAACAAAAAGACUGACCAAGUAAUAGUUAAUUUUAACCUUCCAAUGAAUAUAUUUUAUUAUAAUUUAAAUAAAUUAUAUAAUGCAUGACUGUGUUACCAACUCCAAUCUAUUGCAACUGAUCAAAUAAUUAGUAAAUAUGCAGUGUAUAUAUUAUUUCUUUGGGAUAUAUAUAUAUAUAUAUAUAUAUAUAUAUAUAAUUUUAGAUUUAUUUGAUUUGAGUAAAUCUAAAAAACUGACAGAACCAAUAGUUUGACAAAUUUUAUGAUACAAUAUUUUAAAAUUUAUUUAAAUCAAAUGUAAUGCAAAUCAAACCUCUAAAAUAUAAUAUUAUUAAAAUACUGGAGACAAGUACAUUUGAGACACUAAAGUUGCGGUGAAGAAAUAUAGGAAGGAUGAAGUUUUAAUGAGUAAAGGAAUAAAUAAUAUCUAAAUUUAGCUGCAAACUGAAACGUCGAUGCAGACACUGCCACUGUCGACAUUAUACACUCCUAAUAAAUAGCCUCAACUUAUAACUGUUUGUUACAACAUUUCAUUUUCAUCACCAAAUGACGCUGUGCACAUAUACACCGCAGGUUCUUAAGCUAUCUAAAAAAGGAAAAUACUUUACAGGAAAAGUUCGUGAAUGUUAAGGAGAACAAUUGGGUAAUACAUAAUUGAGAAGAUACAUAAUAUAGCCAGUUACAAAAAAAAUAAAAUAAUAAUAAUAAUAUAGCAGAUAAUAAAUAAAUAAUAAAAAGAGAGAUGAAGAAGAAGAAGAAGGUAUGAAGAGAGAAGGUGGGCGGUGGAAGUGGAGAACUUUCUUGAUGGGGAAAGAAAAAGAGAGAGAGAGAGAGAGAGAGAGAGAGAGAGAGAGAGAGAGAGAGCGGCGUAUACAGCUGUAUUCUCUUCUCCUUUCCCACUUUCACAUGCCCUCUCCUUAACCCCUCUUAGCACUUACUCCAUUACAUUAUUACUUAUUACAUGUGAUGUGUUCUUUUUUAACUCUACGUAAUUAUUAGUAUUCUUUUAAUUUAAAAACUCAAAAUUAAAACGAAAGACAAUAAUACACAAUCAAAAGAGGUGGUAACAACAUGCUCGCGGAAUGAGUUCUGUGAUUUCUGAAUCUCUCUAAACUAACUAACCGUCUCCUUCAUCUCCUUGCGUUUGAUCUUUAAACUAAUCAUAUUUUAUAUCUUUAAUCUUAAAACCAACUAGUAAUUUGGUAUUUCCAAAAGAACGUCUCGCUCUCUAGUCUCUACCAAUAGAAACUAACUCCAAAUCUGAUCUCGUUAGGACGCAACUUGUCAAACUCAUUACUUUCCCAACUUGUGUCAUACAAUGUCCCAAUAAAACAAGUCAACAUCAAUGUUGACGACUCAGAAACUAGUUAAAAAUGAGACAUCCACACCCACUUAAUCCAGAAUCCUGCAAAAAACAUUUCUUCUAACGUUUGAGUGGCAGCCCAUACACACCUAAAGGUCCAUAAGACCAACCGCAACGGAAGCCCUUAGCGAUUCCUAAGGGUCAUUACCAAAGUUAAUGGUAAUAUAAAAACUAUAUUUCAGCAUAAUUAUCUAAGGAUCAACCCGUAAGUAAGGGGUCGAGGGAGCUGAACCUUGGGCGACGUGGCAGGUGGGUAUUGGCGGAAGAUUCAUUCGUCUUUGGUGUAGACGGAAAAAAAAAUUCAUUUUCGACGAAGGAGAGAAAAAAAAAGAAAGCUGUCGAGAAAAAGCGAUAAAAGCGAUUUCCAAUCGAUUUUGACGAAGGUAAAUUGAAGCUUUCUUUUGCUGUUUUUUUCGAUUUAGAUUAGGUUACAUGUUGUUUUCCUCUGAAAUUAGGGUUCUGAUUUGUGUUUUCAAUCGAUUUGUGGACAAAAACGUUUGAAAUUAGGGUUUCAAAGAUGGGGGUUUUCAAUCGAUUUGGGGUUUAAGGUCGUUUGAAAUUAGGGUUUCAAAGAAGGGGGUUUUAGAUCGGUUUGUAGUUUGAGUUUGAAAACGAUUUUCGUUUCAAACAAUUUGUCUUGUUUUCUUAAAUCAGUUCUUACCCUAAUGAUCUUUGAUUUCUUCCUCACUUUAUCUUCCUCGCUUAAUCUUACAUGAUUUCUUUCAUGUUUACAGAGACAUAAUGGGACAAGAUUAUUCGUAUACACAGCCUUCUUCUUCAGCAGAGUCGCUUGACUUGACGUCCCUUCUUGAAGCAGAAUGUGAACUGUACAAGGAUGAAGAUGACAGUAGGAUCUUGCAUCAAGUGUAUGGAGACGAAACUGAUGAUGGAAUGCCUUCGACAUGCUACUGUGGUUCUGAUGCAGUAGUUGGAACAUCUUACACGCGUAAAGAUCCAGGGCGCUUGUAUCUAACGUGCGAGAAUGUAAACGAUGGGGACUGCCACAUCUGGAAGUGGUGGGAUGUAGCUGUUACGGAGGAGCUCAGAGACGUUCAGACACAGCUUAGGCUGGUGAAGGAGCAAGCAUUUGAGUGUGACCAGAAGCUGAUGAAGCUACAAAAGGUGGUGUGUUAGUUAUCUAAGAAGAAUGCAGUGCUUAGAAAUGGCUUUGCGUUGCGCGUCUGUGUAAUGGUCGCUACACUACUCUUGGUUGGUUUGGCGGUGAUGUUUCAGUCUGGUAAGUUUCAAUAUUUGAAAUUGUUGUUCUUCUUUAUUCAAUUUUGAAAAACUAUUGAAUUAAACCAUAGCCCCUUCCGUGUCUGUAUAAUUAAGGUACUACAGCUACGUCUCUCUGUUUUAUCCUAGUGUAUUUUGUUAGUCUAAUAAUAAAUAUAACUUUAAAAAUAGUAGUACUCUGUCGGAGCAAUUGUGAAUGUAAUUAACUUUUUAAAAAUAUUAGCUUGGUUAAAUGCUAGUUCUAGUUUGAUUGGUUAAAUUCUAGUUAUAGUUAGCUUUUUUAAAUGCUAGUUUGCUUUUUACCUUCCUACCGCCAAGGAUUUGAUUGUUUUAAAUGUUUUAGAGGUGUUAUUAGUCUGAUUUGAUUGGUGUUGAAUGCAAGUACUUUGCUUUCCACCUUCCUAACUGCUCGGUUGAAAUGUAUCUUAGGUUAAAGGUCGCCCACUUGAGGCUAUGUGUUGCUAUUAGAGCGACACAGAACAUUCUCAAAACCAUGGAUCCUAAAACUAGUUAUACAAACCUCUUGUUUAGUCAAUCUCAGACUACAGUGGACCUUGAUUUACCCGAACCUUUUUGGUUGGGUAGCCAAGGUCCUAAUGAGUCAGUUGUCGAGCCUGUUGUCGAGUCUGGUGGCAACCCUAAGGAGAGGAGGAAAUGGUGUCCGAAGGAGGAUAAAAUCCUUAUUGGUGCUUGGCUUAACACUAGUAAGGAUGUUGUCGUAAGUAAUGACCAGAGGGCUGGUGCAUUCUGGAAGCGCAUUGUCGACUACUACAACGCAAGUCCGCAAUUGGCUGGGACAAUUCCGAGAGAGGUUUGUUCCUGCAAGAAGCGUUGGGGUAGGAUCAACGCUGACGUAUCCAAGUUUGCUGGAUGCUAUGACGCCGCUCUGAGGGAGCAGAGGAGUGGCCAAAAUGAUGAUGAUGUGAUGAAAGCCGCCAUAGACAUUUUCUUCAAAACUAACGACUACAAGUUCAUCAUGGAUCACUGCUGGAGGGAGCUGAGGCAUGACCAGAAAUGGUGCUCCACCUAUGGGCCUAAAGAAUGUGGAAAGGAAAAGCGCAAAGGAGACGUGGAGGCUGAUGGAGGAGAUGAAGCAGAGGGCAUACCUAUUGGGGUCAAGACUGCUAAAGCUGCAUCUAAGAAGAAGAAGAGUGGUAAAGAAGAGUCUUUGGCAAAGAUACACGCAAUCAUGGAAAUCAAAGAAAAGCUGUCUAAACAGAAGGUCCUUGAACGUCUUCUUGGCAAAAAAGAGCCACUCACUGAGAUGGAAACAUCUCUUCAACUAAAACUCAUGGCUGAGAUGUUAUGAGGUUAUGUCUUUGAUUGUGAGUAAUUACAUGUCCUUGGUUCUGAGUAGUUACAUCUUGUUGGUAUUUCACAUGUGUUUCUUUCCACUUCAACACUAAAAACUCUUGUCUUUCUUUUCAGGUUCAGCAGUAGUCAGGUCCAGCGUAGUCACGGGUUGUGAAGAUGGUCACGGGUUGUGAAGUUGUUUGAAGUCACGGGCCCUUCUUUUAUCUAGUUUCUGUAGUAUAAAGUAGUAGUCUCUUUGUUGUUGCUAUGUAUCUCGUUCUCCUACUCUCCCUCAUCAUCAAACAUCUUCUGUAAUAUUUGCCCACCUACUUCUUGUAAUAUUUGGAGGAAAGACCUUGCUUCUGUAAUAUUCGACUUGCUUCUGGAAACAUCUUCUGUAAUAUUCGACUUGAUCAGUUUAUCUUUUGGUAACAUUUCAAGUUCUAUUUACUUACUUCUCUUUAUAAUUUUGUCCGUUUAACAUUUUAUUAGCCAGUUUGAUAACAGAUGUUGCUUCUCUUUAUAAUGAGAAAUACAUAAAUAGGUUUCAUAACCUCUUAACAUAUACUCAAACUUGACAUAUACAUAAAUAGGUUUGGCAUUUGUUUAUCCUUAUCUAGUGAACAAACUUGAUUUUUAUUCAUGUGUUUUAAGAAUAGAUGUAGCUUUUAUAAAGUUGCUAUAUUGUCUAAAAUUAUUACAUUUUUAGAAGUGUAUUAAAUUUUCAUAAUUCAAAUGUUUUUUAAAAAAUAGCAGUUGUUGUUGAUUUUAGAUUAACUUAUUGAAUGUUUUUAGAUAUGUCGUCAUCUUCAUCUGAUGAAGUGGAGGAAAGACUGGAAGAAAUUUUGGAGGAAUACACAAAAGAUAUAUUUAACGAGAUUGUGGAGGAUCAAACCAUCCCGCAAAGGAGACGUACUUAUAGAGAACGACACCGUGAAGGAGGACACGCGCGCUUAUGGAAUGACUACUUCAGCGAAGCUGCGACAUUCUCGUCUGAUCAAUUUAGACGCCGUUUCCGCAUGAAUAAGGAAUUAUUCUUGCGUCUUGUUCAUAGCCUAUCAGAGUGCUUUUCAUUCUUUCAGCAACGAAGAGAUGCAACCGGGAGGCUCGGUCUUUCUACACUUCAAAAAUGCACGGCAGAAUUCGUCUGCUUGCUUAUGGUACUGCGGCUGACGCUGUUGACGAAUAUCUCCGACUUGGUGAGACCACCGCACUUUCAUGUUUACAUAAUUUCACUGACGGAAUAAUACAUAUAUUUGGAGAGGAGUAUCUACGACGACCCACACCGGAAGAUCUUCAACGACUACUCGAUAUUGGAGAGACACGAGGGUUUCCUGGGAUGGUCGGGAGCAUUGACUGUAUGCAUUGGGAGUGGAAAAAUUGCCCAACUGCUUGGAAAGGACAGUACUCACGUGGAUCAGGAAAACCGACAAUUGUCUUAGAGGCUGUAGCUUCACACGAUCUUUGGAUAUGGCACGCUUUCUUCGGUCCUCCAGGUACCUUAAACGAUAUUAAUGUCCUCGAUCGCUCUCAUGUUUUUGAUGACAUUUUACAAGGUAAAGCUCCGAGGGUAAAGCACAUGGUCAACGGACACAUGUAUAAGUUGGCGUACUACCUCACAGACGGUAUAUAUCCAAAAUGGUCAACAUUUAUCCAAUCUAUCACCCUCCCUAAAAGUCCUCAGGAACAGUUAUUUGCUAAAUUUCAAGAAACUACCCGAAAAGAUGUAGAACGGGCUUUUGGAGUAUUACAAGCUCGAUUUGCGAUUGUGAGAAACUUUGGAUAAGGAAAAUAUAGGAAAGAUUAUGAUAGCAUGUAUCAUCCUACACAAUAUGAUAGUCGAAAAUGAACGGGACGGAUACACUCGUAUCGAUAUAUCUGAAUUUGAAGAAGGAGACAGCACUAGAACUUCACAGGUGGAAACAGAGAGACCUACAAAUCUGAAUAAUAUGUUUCCCAAUCGGAAUGAUCUUCGUGAUAGGAAUAUGCAUGUCCAAUUGAAACAUGACUUAAUUCAAAAUGCCUGGAACAAAUUUGGUGAUGAAUAUUAAUAAUUGUUGUAUCUUUAUUUUUAAUUAUUGUGAUUUUUAAUUUAUUCAUGCUAUAUUAUUGAAACAUUUGGUAAUUCACUUUUUUUAAAAAAAAAUAAUUUUAUUCUAAGGACUUCUUAUUAAGACUCACCAUUGUAAACACUUAUUUGGUUUGGAUCCUUACCUAUUUAACAAAAAAAAAAUUAUUUUUAAAUUUCUAAAGAUUCCACAAUGGGUGCCAUCAUCGUGGAUGCUUUGACAAAGUCAAGAAGCCAAAAUAAAACUUUUUUUUUACUUAAACCAAGUCUAUAAAAAAUACUAACUUUGUGAUCACUGCAUUAACUAUUUGACCCCUUAAAUAGACACAAUGAUGCAACUGCACUCUCAUCAUAAUGUCAAUUUCAGGGUUUACGACAAACAAGUAGCAAACCUGGGCUCACUAGCCAGUGUGUCAGAGAGUUCAGGACAAGUCAACUCACACCCUGAUUAAACCCGCAGUUUUACUACACACAGGCCACAUCCUAAAAAUCUAUCCAACCAAGGGACCACUCUGCUAGUGGAUAUAUAUAUAUCUCUUUUAAAACGGCAUAAAACAAAGUAAACCCACAAAUAUUAUGUGGCUAUCAAGAUUGACAAUAUAGUAGAUAGGGAGAAAUAAAAUGACUAUUUUUUCACAGAAGAGUAUCAUUUUUUUUUUUUUUUUUUUGAAAAGAAACAGAAGAGUAUCAUGAAAACAGAAACAAUGCACUCUUUUUCUUAACAGAUACGAAGUUUUAUGGUGUGCUAAGCUAAAAUGUUGUACACAAUGUACUCUUUUUCUUAACAGGAAAAGUUGAGUUCUUGUAAAUCUCAGAUGUACAAAAAUGUGAAAAAGGAAUAAAAAACAGUGAGAAAAGGAAAAAAAAAUCAAAUUUGGGCAUUAGCAUUCUAGGGCAGAUAACAAUUAAGGUCUUGGAUCUUACCUAUCAACAAGCCACAAUGAUCUUUACACACCGUCCAACUGUUAGUCUGAGAGGCUCAUUAGUAUUUGGGUUUUGUCUGCAACACAGCCGUCCGUGUCGCCUGAUAGGAGUAAUAAAAAAGUAAGGGUUGCCUGCCUAUUCCCCCCCUAGAUACACUGACCCUAUUUAUUCCCCCCAAACUUCAUAAGCUCUUCAUAAACCCGCCAGAUCAUAUACUUUCUCUUUAAGUCUCCCCCCAAACCUUUUUAAUCUCCUUUUCUAAUCAAUUUCGAAAUUGCAAUUAGAUAAAUUAAAAACGCGUUUAGAAAACAGCGAUUGCCCAAUUAAAAAAAACCCAGACCCGACCCGACAAUUAAAAACGAGUUUAAAAAAAAAAAACAGAUUGGCGAUCUAAUUGAAAUUAGGGCUCGUGUCUCUGCUUCACGACACUUACGAAGAAGAUGACAGAAAAAGAGAGAGAGAAACGAGAGAAGAGAAUGCUGAGGAGAGAGAGACAGUGAGGAACGACGAAGAUGCAGAGGAGAGAGAGACAGUGAGGAACGACGAAGAUGCAGAGGGGAGAGAGACCGUGAGGAACAAGGAAGAUGUGGAGGAGAGAGAGACAGUGAGGAAUGUUGAAGGGGCUGUUGUUUUUAGAGAUGAAAGAGGUGAAAAGGAAAGUUCUGACACCAUGGUUGAAACAGAGAAGAAAGACUUAGGAGGUUAUGAGAGAGUACGUGGAAGAUAUGAAAUCUGGAAAACGAGAUAAGAUGGAUGAAGCUGAGGAUACUCUUGGUCGAUUUGAGUAUGAGAUCGAGUCCACGAAGAGAUCAGACUUACACAACCUACUCAAUCUUCUCAAGCUCAAGACUAGUUAACACUUGAUGUGGCUUUUGUUGUCGUUUAAAACACUAAGUGGUUGUACUUGUGUGGCUUUUGUUAUUCUUUAAAACUCUAAGUAGGGUCUGUACUCCGUGGCUUUUGUUUUGGUAAAACCUGCUCUUAAAAUUCUGUGUUUUUAUCUUCUA